GAAUUUUCACUCGCUUUUACAAGUGGAGUACGUUGAACCAGGGGAACAAGAAUGCAAAAAUAUUAUAUGGGUUUGACGUGUUUCAAUUUAAUUUGCAUAAGACAUAUAUGAUUGGAAGGAUAGGCCCGACCGGCCCAUUAGAGGUUAGUGGUGGCACAAGCCAAAAAGGCAUCUCCUCUUGCCUGCACCAAAUACAUAUUGCAGACACCAGACUGAAUAUUCUCCUUCUCAACAUUAAUACACUUGUUUGUGGGUAUUUCCAGUAGCAUUUGCAUUGGAGGAAAGAACAAUCAAGGUGAUAUCAUCAUGGCUACAGUUCAUGUUCACCCUUCCAAGCAAAUGCUGGGGACUUCCUUUAGCCAGCGUUUGAGGGAGUUGCCGAGGAGUAAACGCAGAAGUGUUAAUGUAAGGUGCAGCUUGAAGUCCAAUGUCUCAGAUAUGAGCAAGAAAGCUCCUAAAGGAUUGUUUCCUUCUGAGCCAGAGAAGUAUGAAGGUCCUAAAUUGAAAGUGGCAAUAAUUGGUUCGGGGCUUGCAGGGAUGUCAACUGCAGUUGAGCUUUUGGAUCAGGGACAUGAGGUAGAUAUUUAUGAAUCACGGCCUUUCAUCGGUGGAAAAGUAGGAUCCUAUGUGGAUAAAAAUGGAAAUCAUGUUGAGAUGGGUCUUCAUGUGUUUUUUGGUUGCUACAAUAACCUCUUCCGUUUAAUGAAAAAGGUAGGUGCUGAUGAGAACUUACUAGUGAAGGAGCAUACUCAUACUUUCAUCAAUAAGGGCGGAAAUAUUGGGGAGCUCGAUUUUCGAUUUCUUACAGGAGCACCACUACAUGGUAUAAAGGCAUUCCUAACAACUAAUCAGCUUCUAAAUUUUGAUAAAGCAGCAAAUGCACUUGCGCUUGCUACAAGUCCUGUGGUUCGGGCACUUAUUGAUCCAGAUGGUGCCAUGGAUGAUAUACGCAGGCUAGACAGUGUGAGUUUCUCCAAAUGGUUUAUGUCCCAUGGAGGCACCCGUAAGAGCAUUCAGAGAAUGUGGGAUCCUGUUGCUUAUGCACUUGGGUUUAUUGAUUGUGAUAAUAUCAGUGCCCGUUGUAUGCUUACAAUAUUUGUUCUAUUUGCCAUUAAGACAGAAGCAUCAUUAUUGCGCAUGCUUAAGGGGUCUCCUGACUUGUAUUUAAGUGGUCCUAUUAAAAAGUACAUAACAGAAAGAGGUGGUAGGUUUCACCUAAGAUGGGGGUGCAGGGAGAUAUUAUAUGAUAAGAAUACUGAGGGUGAUACCUUUGUGACUGGUCUUCGUUUGUCAAAGGCUACUCAGAAGCAAAUUAUAAAAGCUGAUGCUUAUGUGGCAGCUUGUGAUGUACCAGGGAUUAAAAGGUUGAUACCAUCAGAGUGGCGAAAAUGGGAAUUUUUUGAUAAUAUCUACAAACUUGUUGGUGUGCCAGUUGUUACUGUCCAACUCAGAUUCAAUGGUUGGGUGACAGAACUCAAAGAUAUCGAGCUGUCCAGGCAACUAAGCCAAGCUGCUGGAUUGGAUAAUCUUCUCUAUACACCUGAUGCUGAUUAUUCCUGCUUUGCAGACCUUGCUAUCACUUCACCAGAAGAUUAUUAUCGCCCUGAUCAAGGCUCUUUGCUUCAGGUUGUGUUAACUCCUGGUGAUCCAUACAUGCCAUUGCCCAAUGAAGAAAUUGUAGAUCGAGUUCAUAAACAGACAUUGGUCCUCUUUCCAUCAGCACAAGGGUUAGAGGUAACCUGGUCUAACGUUGUUAAAAUUGGACAAUCCCUUUAUCGUGAAGCUCCUGGAGUUGACCCUUUCAGACCAGAUCAAAAGACUCCUCUGAAAAAUUUCUUUCUUGCAGGUUCUUAUACAAAGCAGGACUAUAUCGACAGCAUGGAAGGGGCUACACUAUCAGGAAGGCAGACUUCAGCGUGUAUUUGUGAUGCAGGGACCAUGCUGGCUGAGCUUAGAAGCAUGCUUAAACAUUAUGAUGUUCAAGACCAGGUAAAAGCUGCAGCAGGAGCAGAUCAACUGACAUUAGUUUGACAGUUAGAUCAACAUCUUUACCCCAGAACCAUGCUUUAGGAUCCAUAACAGAAAACAGAAGCUUGCAUCAAUGCCAUAAUUUUUUGCCUCCAUUGGAUCAUGUAAAGGAAUUACAAAUCUUAUCUUAUGUUGAAUAAUCAGCCGUUGCUUUUACCCUAGCAGCAAUAUUUACUUAAUUUUAAAUCUAGAUAGCUGCUUCACUGUUAGGUCAUUGGAGAGGAAUUUCUGUUGUUAAGCUCUCUCCGAUUCACCUAUGUGGACUUGUACUAAAGAGGAUUUUCAUUGAGAGGUCAGUGAUAAAUCCCCAAAAAUAUUGGUAUGUCAUUGCAUUAUUAAACUCCCAGAACAUACAAGUUUCCAUUCUUUUAUUUAGCAUAUAACACCAUUUGCUUUUAAAUAGUCGCUCUUAAGCAAUUUAAUAUGCAGUUCAA